UUGCGUUUAUUCCAUAUCUCAUCGGUGAGUCUUACAUUUUUUUCAAGUAUACUAAACCUCCAGAAAAAAAUUCGUAAAAUCCGGGGUACUGUAGCUCCUCCCCGCUUAAAACUACAUAAAAAUAUCUUGAAAAUGUAUUAAUUACUACGAAAAAUGUGUUUUUUAUAUUCAAAAGCGGGGGAUUUUGAAGAUCACGUCAGUGGAAGUGGUUACUGUAAAGAGAAGGGGCUUUGAAUCAAGCUUAAUUAUCAGAUAUGAGACAUUGCUCAUAUUAGAUAGAUAAGGAAGUUUGGAUAAUUUUGAAUCUAAAUAAGGCUAGAAAUGUAGCCCUGUAAAAAAUUAGACGCAGACAUUUUCAAAAUUGAAAUUAUUUUUUAUUAGAAUCGAAAAUCACGUGAAAUAUCUCUAAAAAUUUUUUUUGAAGAUUUUCAGAAAAUUUCUAGAGAUCCUAAAAAUUGUCUGAAAUUCUCUUCAUCCAUGAUGUACAGUAUUCCAAUAGGCUUCAGUAAAGGACCUUGCAAUUCCCCAUAAACCCCCCAAAAAAUAGUAAUAAUCCGGGGGUACUGUAGCUCCUCCCCGCUUAAAACUACAAUAAAAUCUCUUGAAAAUCUAGAAAACUAAUAAGUACGAAAAGUUUUUUUUUUCUAAUAGGCGGGAUUUCAAGAUUUUCCUAUAAAAGAGCUGGCUGAAACACUCUGUCCUUACACACAUAUUUUUUGACUGCCUGCCUGACUAAACUAACUAACUGGCUGGCUGACUAGUCAUGCUGCGUGACCUGAUUUCUAGACGUCCGUCACCUCGACGUAAUCGUGUUGAUGAUGAUAACAUCCGCGUGAGUUCAUCAUCUUAUCUUUUCAAGAAAAUGAAAAAGAAAAAAGAAACGAUGAAUAGUUGACUAAUGAUGAGAUCUCAUUAGAUGUUACUUGAAUGAAUCGAAAAAAACACUUUUUUUUUCUUUGCUUGAUUCAUUCAUAUAAAAAUUAUUCUAAUGUUUCCGGGCUCUUAUUAGGACUACUGUAGAUGAACAUGGUGAGAUUUUUUUAAAGGGAAAACUCUAGAAGGUUAGAUUCUGAAAAUCUUUAAAAUUAAUAAUAUUUUAGAAAAAAAUAUUGGAUCAUAAAAAACCUCCAAACUCUGCUCUGAAUUUUUUUUUUUUGAAAAUAUAAAUAUCCAAAAAAGGGUCACUAUUUUCUGAUUCAGUAGAUCAAGAAAUCGAGAAAAAAAGUUUGAGACCUAAAUUUGAUGAAAAUCUUGUUUGGAGAUUCGGUGAUCAUUUUCUGAGCUCCGAAGUUGGCUCCAAAUUUUUUACUUGAAAAUCCAGUUGUCCAAUAUAUUACCACCGUGUUCGAUUUACUAGAGAUCAAAAAAAUUUAAUCUGAAAACAUUUUGACCUGAAUCAAUCAAUAUUUCAAAUUCUAGCAGUAAUUCUAACUUGCCCAAAAAUUUUUUAUCGAUUUUCAGAAAUUUCCAAAAAAAAAGUACCCUGGGUUUUUUUUUCUAUAAAAAAUAAUCCUUCUUAAAAAUUGUAUUUAAUAUAGUUACAGUAGUAUUCGAAGAAAAGUUCAAAAAAAAAAAAAACGUUAGACUUCCGGAAAAAUGGAUGUUUUGAUUUUAUCAACGAAGGCAUUUUUUCUCUCUCAAUUUUUUUCUGAAACAAUAACAAACAAUAUUUAUAUAUAUAUAUAUAUAUUGUUUGCGACGCGUUUAAGCGUUGCGAUUAUAUUCUAAAAAAAAUUCAAAAUAAAAAAUCACUCGAUGGAUAUUCUCAUCCGAUAUUUUAUUCAAAAAAUCCGUAUUCAGAUGGCAACUGAGGGUCAUAACGUUGACGCGAAUCUGCUAACGAUCGGUCGUGACCAUGGUCACUAUUUUUCCAAGAAGACCUUUGGGAAACCAACGUAUUGUCAUCAUUGUUGCGACAAAAUCUGGGGAAUGCUGACACAAGGAUAUGCGUGUGAAAGUGAGUUUGAGCUGACUGUAAUUUUUUCAGGAUGGCAUGGGAUUUUUGAUAGGGGAAAAAACAUUUUUUGGUCAGAACUAAGAAAGGUCAACUUUAAAAAUGAGUAAUGACGUGGAAGAAUUUAGGAAAAAUUACUCUGGUAGCACAGGGGUUUACAUAUGGGAGGCUUUUCUGAAGUUCAAGGCAUGACUCCUUGAAACAUGAAAAGCCCCCAAAGCGUGGCUCUUUCGAAUAUGAAAAGCCUUCAAGAAGUGGCUCUUUUGGAAUAUGAGAAGCCUUCAAGGAGUGGCUCCUUGGCACAUAUGAAGCCCUCAUGGAUUGACUCCUUGACACAUGAAAAUCCUUCAAAGAGUGUCACCUUGGCAUUUGGAAAGCCCUCAAGGCGUGGCUCCUUGAAACAUGAAAAGCCCUCAAGGCUUGGCUCCUUGAAACAUGAAAAGCCCUCAAAGCGUGGCUCGUUGGCAUAUGAAAAGCCCUCAAGGCGUGGCUCCUUGACACAUGAAAAUCCCUCAAGGUGUUGCACCUUGACAUAUGAAAAACCCUCAAGGAAUGACUCCUGGGCAUAUGAAAAGCCCUCAAGGCGUGGCUCCUUGGCAUAUGAAAAGCCUCAAGGAGUGGCUCCUUGACACAGGGAGAUAAUAUUUUUGCACAUUCUAGACGAACUCGUGUAGUUCACUGUCCUAAACAAAUUUAUGAUAUCAGAUUCUCAUAAAAACAAAUUUAAAAGUUAGUUUUAGUCUCCUGAAAGUACGAUCAAAAUUUUUGAACUCUCUUACGUCAUAACCCAACUUUGCCACGUCAUCACUCAUAUUCAGAAUCUUGAUCUACGGGUUCUCUUAGAACCCUUCUUCAACCCUAAUAAAUUUCCAGUUUGCAACUUCGUGUGUCAUGACAAAUGCCUGAAAACAGUCGUCUCCUAUUGUAGCGGUGUAGCCUUGCAGUUGAUCAAAAAUCCAGUAGCACAUACUUGGUCGGCUCCCGCGCUCAUCAAACGAAAAUAUUGUUGCGUUUGUCGAAAACGUACCGAUGAAUCGUUUUCAGUUGAAUGCGAAGGUUAGUUCUGAUCAAGGAGGCUACGAAAAUGAUUUUUGUUUCAGUCUGUGAAUAUUUUGUGCAUGUGGAUUGUUCGGAUCUGGCAGUUUCGGAUUGUAAAGAAGCCGCAACAUAUGUGCCAAACAUUGAGAAUGUUAACAUGACACAGUAUCAUCAUAUGCGCGAAGGAAAUUUGCCAAAAGACUCGAAGUGUGUGGUCUGUCGGAAAUCGUGUUUUUCGACAGAAUGCUUAGCCGGAAUGCGAUGCGAAUGGUGUGGCCAAACGGUAAAUAUUCUAACAUUCUGUAGAUCAAAUUUCACAAAUCCAAUUUUUUUUAUUUCACAAAUCCAAUAUACCGUGAAAUUUUCAGGCUCACGCAUUGUGUUAUCGCCAAAUGGGUAAAGAAUGUGAAUUUGGUGUGCUGCGGAAAAUCAUGUUGCCACCAAAUUCCCUAACAAUUCCUCGAACUGAACUACCAAUGGAGCAACUAUUGAACAUCACAUCGCACGAUCAACCACAGUCUCGUAAGGGUCAGAUUAUUUAAACGCUAUCCUAUCUGUUUGGCACGUCUGUUUUUUGAGUCAAAUCAAAAAAUAUAGUAAAACCAAUAAAAAAAAACUUUUUUUUUGCAAAAAAAAUACAAAAAAAUGACGGCCGAAAAAGAUGGAUAGCUGCAAAAUCAAAUUCUCUACAGUAUUUUAGAACAGAGAAUUUUGCCUACCCUAUAGUCUUUUUUUCCUAUCUUGUUUUCUCAACAAUGUGUCCGCAAAGGUGUAAUUUACGUUUGUGUUGUCGUUUUUUUUAGAAAUGUUCACGAUUAUUGUUUUUCUUAUGUUUUGGAGGAGAUUUUCAGACAAAAAGGGACUGGGUUCUUUUGAAAUUUUGCAAAAAAAAUUCGGAAUUUGAGAUUUUUAGUUUUAAAAGUGGAGUCUGACAUAAAAAUUGGUUUAAAUUGAUGAAAAAAAUCCAAAAUUCCGAAAAAAAAACAUUCGAACUGAUUUUGAUCUUCUAGAAUUACAAACAAACUCCGAUUCUGACCAGCCCUGAUCCAAACGAUUUUUCCGAUCACUGCUUCUAUCUAUCUUUACUUCCUAGCCGAAAAAAAACGUAGAUUACCAGCUUGAAAUUGUUGUGUUGUAAAUUGUACCUGUAGAUAUCCACCUGAUUUUCACCACUUCAUUUUUGUCAUUUUUAGUCUCUUCACCAUCAAAAAUCCAAGCCGAUGAUGUUUCUUCAAGUGGAGAUGAUUUGAAAGAACGUGAAGAUGUUGAGAUUCUUCGAAUCUUUGAUGGCAAUGCUUCGCUUCGAGCUCAAGUUUCUCGAACUGCCAGUGUUCCAAAAACAGCGACAGUUCAACAAAUUCGUGACGCAGCACUUCGACGGUUUCAUAUCAUGGAUAAUUCGGAGAAUUAUUAUGUUACUCAAAUUGUUGGAGAUGGUGAAGAGGAACCAUUGGAUGAUCCGGUGCCUUUGAGAAAUGUGAAACGACCCGAAGGUCGAAGAGCACAGAUUUUCUUGAGAUAUCGUGAUGAUCCAGAAACUGAUACUGUAAAAAUCUAUGGUGGAUGGUUGCGACGAGUUCCAGUCACGUUUUGCAAUCUAAUAAUUCUGAAAGAUACCGUAGUGCAAGAUUUAGUCACCGAAGCUUUGGAUAAAUUUGGAUUAGAUGGUUCAACAUGGAAUCGUUAUAAUUUGAUUGAAGUGUCUUUGGAUCGAGGAGUAGCUGAGAGGACAUGUAAUCCACAGGAAAAUAUGUUGCAACUUGUGCGGAAUCUUCGCAAAGAUUCACUUCGUCGUUAUCAUGUUGUUCGAUUUUAUGUGCAAGAGAAAGAGGAUCCUCAUGAUCAUGCGGUAUUUGUUGGAAAUUUGCCAGUUUCUCUAGCCCAACGACAAUAUGAACGAAUUUUAUUGAAACUUCUAGGUGCAAAGGGUAAGCUUUUGAUUGAAAACAAAAAUGUUUUUGUUUUGUUUCUAGAAAAACCAUUCACUGCAAUCGGCCCAAUUUAUUUCGAAUACGGUAGUCUCGUCAUCACAUUCAACACGCCAAAAGCAGCAACAGCAGCAGUUCAAAAAUUGCAAAAUGCCGUGUAUGAAGACAAGAAAUUGAAUGUGUUGUGCUUGCCAAAUGUUCAACCACAAAUGCUUCCAGCAGACGCGGAACCACUUUUGGUUCUCGUCAAUGUGAAAUCCGGCGGUUGUCAAGGAACUGAUUUGAUACAAUCAUUCAGAAAAUUGUUGAAUCCGUUUCAAGUAUUCGAUGUGCUCAAAGGUGGUCCGCUCGUCGGAUUGUAUGUGUUUAGAAAUAUUCCGAAAUAUAAAAUUUUGGCUUGCGGUGGUGAUGGAACUAUUGGAUGGGUUCUACAGUGUUUAGAUAUUGCGAAACAGGUAACUUUAUCAAAUUGUUUCAUUUUAAAAAUGCGAUAUUUAUCUACAGGAUGCUGCGUGCUUCUCUCCACCAUGUGGAAUAGUUCCACUUGGAACGGGUAAUGAUUUGGCGAGAGUUCUCCGAUGGGGUGGCGGUUAUACCGGUGAAGAAAAUCCACUUGAUAUUCUCAAAGAUGUUAUCGAAGCUGACGAGGUUCGUCUCGAUCGAUGGGCUGUUGUGUUCCAUGAAGAGGAGCGAAGUCAAGCGCCAAAUACGGUUCAAACAAAUACUGUUGAAGCAGAACAAACGAUGAAUAAUCCUGAAGAUCAGACGAGCAUGAUUAUUAUGAAUAAUUAUUUUGGUAUUGGGAUUGAUGCUGAUGUUUGUCUCAAAUUCCAUAAUAAGGUAGGAUUUUUCAAACUGUAGGGAAAUAUAUCUUUGAUCUACCUCAAAACAAUUCAAAAAAAUGUUCCUCUGACUUUAAAACAUCAAACUUCAACUCCAAAAUUUUCCAGCGUGAUGCAAAUCCGGAAAAGUUCCAAUCUCGGUUAUUCAACAAAACACAAUACGCCAAAAUUGGACUGCAAAAAAUGUUCUUCGAAAGGACGUGCAAAGAUUUGUGGAAGCGUAUUGAAUUGGAGGUCAGCUCAAUAAUUCCAGAAAUCAAUAUAUAUUCAAAAAAAAACAUUUAGGUCGAUGGAAAAGCGAUUGAAUUGCCAAACAUUGAAGGAAUCGUUGUAUUGAAUUUAUUGAGUUGGGGAAGUGGUGCAAAUCCAUGGGGAACUGCAAAAGAAGAGGGCGUCUUCUCGAAACCCACUCAUUAUGACGGUUUGCUUGAGGUUGUGGGCAUUUCUGAUGUUUCACGGCUUGGAUUGAUUCAAUCGAAAUUAGCUGCUGGUAUUCGUAUUGCUCAGGGUGGAAGUGUAAGUUUUUAUGGUGUUUGUAGGAUGAUUUUUUUUGCAGUUUUUGAGAAUUCCUAGGUUCAGAGCACCCUCGAGCACUCCCCAAAUUUUGUUUGCAGAUUCGUAUCACAACACAUGAAGAAUGGCCGGUGCAAGUAGACGGUGAACCACAUAUUCAACCACCUGGUACAAUCACAAUAUUGAAAUCUGCAUUACGGGUAAGCUAUUCAGUUUUGUUUUUUCAUUUUUUCAAAAAUUUGAAUCCCUUCCAUAUAGUUUGUGUGAACCUGUUGUGAAAAAGUUCACCACCUCCCAAAAAUAAUCCCAUUUCCCCCCAUUCAAUUAAUUAAUUAAUUAAUAUUUGCUUUUGCUUUGGUGAUGGCCUAACCUUGGAACAUAAUUUGCAGGCUCAAAUGCUGAAAAAGGCGAAAAAAUCGCGACGCGGAAUCGCGGCGUCAUCACAAGUGCGCGCUGUUGCGUCAGAGGGCAGUCCAUCUGGACCAUUGGGUGUACCGUCGUCACUUGGCGAUCCAUCGCAUGGAAAAUCGACGCCGGACGCGUUGGGAGAUUCGGAUGAAGAAGGCGAUGCGUUUUUGUGA